UCAAAUUAAAUUAGUUUAGAUUCUGGAAUGCAAAUGAAGUACAUACAUACAUACAUGCGUGUACUUAUUUCCCGCACAUGUUUCCGCGUGAAUCGAUUCCUACAUUUACGUUCAUAAAAGAUAUAAAACUCCAACGAUGGAAUUUAUUACUCUAAUCUAUAAAUGAAAACUCAAACUCACAAUAUAUCCUUACCGUAUUCGAUAAAUACGACUGUAGACUGAUUUAUGCAACGAAAAUAGAUAUGUGAAAUGAAAUGAAGAGGAUUCGUUGUUAGAAUAAUGGCGCUAAAAUCGCGUAUCUGUCUGAGAAAUAGCUAUCAGCGAUAAAUGAAACAGUUGAUAUCAAUUUUUUUAUCGUCUGUCACACUUGAAGGAUCUACAUCGAGUUUAGUGAUGUGUUCUAAAAUCAAAGCAACAUUAUAAUCUGGAAUAAACAAUUGCAACUGUUGCAAGGCAUUCUUUCGAAUGAUUCUUUUUGUUUAACAAUUGAUCGAGAAAUGUUUGUUAAACGAUUGUUACUUUCGACCGUUGUGUGAUACAUGUGGCUCAAUUCUGUAAUAAAUUAAUGGGGAAUGAAAGGAGUGCCCUUAGCGGGCUAGAAAUCGACGAGAAACCGGUUCAAAUAACUGAUUUUUGGGCCCAUUAUUUGGCCCGCGUAAACGGUCAUAAUGUUCAAACCAUUUCGGUUUUUGUCAGUGAACCAUUAUUGCAUUAUAGUGCAAAUUUUGGAAAUCCAUCGCCUCUACAGAAGGCUGCAAAGGUUAAUGUUAAUAAUCUAAUGUUAUAUAGACAUCCUUGUAUAUUGAAGUAUGUUUCCUCAUGGUCAAAAGGAAGCAAGUAUUUUCUUGCCACUGAACAAGUUAAGCCUUUGAUACAAACGUUAGAAGCUCAAAGUACAUUACAAAUAUGCAUGGGCAUGUGCAGCAUUUUACGGGCAUUAGUUUUUCUUCACCAGAAAGCGUCUCUGUCUCACAACAAUAUCUGUGAAAGUUCCAUUUAUGUUACACCAGAAGGAUCGUGGAAGCUCGGUGGACUGGAAUGUUUGUGUAAAUUUAAAGAAUUAACUUCUCAUUUGAAGAAAAUAAGGAGUUACAGAUAUGAAAAAGCAAUAUCUUCUGAGGAAGAUGCAGCACUCACCUCCACGUGUUUCACAUCGAUAGAUGCAUAUGCAUUUGGGGUAUUAGCCGAAGACAUAUUAAAAUUAAAAGAACCAGGAGAUGUUCCAGGUCUGUUAGAGUUUAAACAAUUUUGUAAAGAUAAUCUGCAAAACCCAGAUCCAUCUUUAAGAAGCGACUUAUCCUAUGUACUUCAACAUUCAUUCUUUAAUCAUGACUUUAUGAGGAUAUAUGCAUUCUUAGAUGAACUACCUCUGAAGAACAAUCAAGAGAAAGAAGUAUUUUUUGAUAGUCUAAUAACGCAAUUAAGAACGUUUCCUGAAAAUAUAGUUGCCGAGCAAUUAGGUCGAUUAUUACUCUCAAGAAUGGUUUUAUUGGAUACAACAGCACAGAAACAGCUUCUACCAUUUAUUUUGAAGCCAAAAGAUGGAAAGGAUAGUACAAAUGAUAAUUUAUUUACUGUUUCUACGUUUAAAGUUUACUUGGUACCAAAACUCUUGCAGAUGUUUUGCAUACGGGACGUGUCGAUACGUUUAGUCCUCCUAGCGCACUUUAAUUCAUUCGUUCACACUUUCCAAGCGAAUGAGUUGAAGUCCCAAGUACUUCCCGAAUUGCUUGUCGGAAUUAAGGAUACAAACGAUCAUCUUGUAUCAGCGACGUUGAAAGCGUUAGCCGAUAUAGUUCCAAUUCUGGGCGCUGCAACUGUUAUCGGUGGAAAGAGAGGAAAAUUAUUCACGGACGGACGACCAAACAAACUAAAGGAUAAUAAAAAAAUCGACGACGGUACAAGCAUUGCUCAGUUUCCAAUUUCAACGAAUCUCGUCGAGAAACCAAUCAACCUUCCCGAGAGGCCGUCUCCUGACGGUGGUGAGGACAAGAAGGAGAUUGCUUCCAUAAUUAUCGACGAAGAAUACACAUGGUCCGAUUGGGACAUUCAGGAAACCGGAGAUGCGCGAGUUUCUCGGCAUUCUGAAACGAUACCCAGCAAUUCGGAUACAACACCAACCAUUGUUACAGAUUCUAUACCGAGUACAGAUAAAACGAAAACUGAGGCAAAACCAAGGAAAGUAGCUGUUUUAUCUGAUAUUUCAGAGCUUGAUAUUAAAAAUUCAAAAUCGACUGACACAUUAAAAGAGGAAUAUGAUUUUUUCACGGAUAUGGAACCGAUAAUAAAGAAGACACAGAUUUUGCAUAUACAACAAUCAGAAGUGGUAUCGAAUAGUGUGUUUGACGUAAAGGUAAUAAAUGCAGAAACGGGAGAAGGAAGUAACUGUUGGGAGGAAGAUUUAAGUGACUGGGGAGUAGAGGAGGCCCAAGAUGUACAAACAUAAAAAUAUGUAUAUAAUUCUCUAGUGUGCUUUUUCUAUUCAGGAGAGUGAGGAGUCAGAUAGAAUUCGUUUUAUUGCGAAUAAGAUAUGAAGGGAUCCAUUCCUAAAAAUGUGAUUUGUGUAGCCACAGCAUGUCAUGUAUCUAUAUGUAAAUGUAUUGCCGCUUUUUAAGAUUACACGAAUAAUUUAUGUAAUGUAAAUUUCAUAAUAAAUAUACAUGAAUAUUUAAUA